AUGGCUGAAGAAGCGGCUGCUGCCCAUCAUCUCUUGAAUAUUCUAGAAGAACGGGAUCUUCAUGUCGAUCUCGACCAAGUCCUUGAAGCAUUCGAAAAUGAGGAUACGAAGAAAGAGAUGGCUGCUUGGGUGAACGAGCAUCUGAAUUCGGAGACCUUGCUGACAAAAGAGGAAUUAGAGCUAUAUCAAACACUGAAGAAAAAAGGUGUUGUUCAUCUGUACGAAAAUGACGAGGCGCCAAUUCGUCCAGUUCUAGACCACGAAUUGUCUUCCGCUAUUGACUCUCUAGAAAGCUCAACUGCGGCGAUUGAGGAGCAAUGCAGGGUCUUAGAAGCUCAGCGCGAUGCUUUGAUGGCACUCAAAGCUCUCGAUAAGCCGAAUUUAUCCGUGGAGCAUAUGAGGAAUGAACGGAGAAGGAGGGAAAAUCAGGAGAAAGCUAGGCUUGAUAUCGCUGUGGAAGAUGUCGCUACGUCCAUCAAUGAGCAAUUAACAGACACACAACGCGAAGUUGAAGCAGAGAAGUCGUCUGUUAUAAGCUAUGUCACAGAAAGGCUUGCUUCAGACGACAAAAUGCUUGCCAACCUUCCCGGCAUCGUGUCGAAGAUCAUGGCUGAACCAGAGGUUAGCGAAGACGAGAAGUCGAUCGAUCAAUGGUGUCAAGCUAUUAUUUCAUUUCGGACUGCGGAAAUCAAAGCUAGAGUUGACGCUGUGUACCUCGACAAUCUGGGCAAGGACCUACCGGUGGAGCUCCAGAAUAUGCCAGAAAACGAACUUCUGGAGCGCAAGGCGGAGAUACGGAAGGAAUUGGAGGACAUGCAUUCAGAAAUUGCUUAUCUUGCCGAGAGCGCAGUCGAGCGUGAGUUGAAGAAACCUAUAACAGAGUUAAAGGAGCGGAAAGAGAGGGAGAGAGUCGAGGCGAGGGUUGCUUGGUUGAAAUAUGUUUUGUCUACCCUCGAUUACAUGAGCGAGAGGCUUGAUACCAUCACCAUCUACACGACGAAGAUUGAUGACUUUCGCCAUGCGCUUGAUCAUGUCAAGGCGGCGGCAUUGCAGCAUAUGCCCACGUCGAACGUAGAAGCAUUGACGCCAUCGAGAAAACGCACGAUGUCUACUCCGAAAUCUCCUCUCUCAACCAUAGUAAAGCUAAAGCCUUCAAAAAGCGUCGACCUUCCGCCUGCGCUGGAAGAUGCACUCCGACAAGCUGGGAUAUCCUUCAACCACGACAGCAUCGAAAGCCUAAUGGAAGCAUUGAUGAAUACACAGCUCGAGAGGGAGAAGAAGCUGGACGAUCAUUACACGUCAGCCUCUUCGUCAACGCAUGAAAGCUUAGCCGAAGUCUUCGGGAAAGCAGAUAUUAAAUUGAGACUCAUUCUUGGUGCAUUGUACUCACAUACUCCAUUUCGGCAAGUUCAUCUAUCGAAUCCGAAGCUAGAAGAGCAACUGAAGGAAAUGGAGAAGGGAUUGGAGGAUGCCGAUAGGAAGUUGCUGAAUGCAGAGGCCAAUGAGCUUUCGUUGAACGAUCCGAGGGUCAAGGCGUUCAUAAGCAAAUAUGGAUCUGAGAGGUAGAGAGGAAAAAUAUGUAGUUUAAGACAGAAAUCCGUAUCCUCUUAGUACACCGCCUUUAUCUUUGGCAAGAGGUGUG